AUGCUGACCGGGGUGAGUUUGUUCCAGGAGGAUGUGUUGGGUGCUCAGGGUAUGAUUCUGGGCAUUUCAUCGCCUGCCAGUAACCCUGAGGUAGGGACCUUCACCAUCCCCAUUUUGCAGGUGGGGAAACUGAGGCUCAGAGACUUCAAGUGAAUCACGCCCAGGUUCUGUGUUCCAGAGCUCCCACACUCACCACCCCACAGAUGGCAAAUCUUUGUUUCCCCUUAGAAACAAUGGGCAGAAGGAAAUGCCAGAAACCUUGGAUAGAGGAGGAGUUACCGGAGCAGCUACCACACCUGGCUCUGCAGAUACAGAUUUUAUGCCACACCGGGUUCAGAGGUCAUCAGCCCCCAUCACAUGCCACUUCCAGGGCCUCUGUGCCUUCAUGGCAUCCUUUUAAAUAUAGUAAAAAUUGGAGUUGUGAUUGCAUUGCUGUAAAGACAAAAGUAGUCCAGACUCAAUAUGAUUCACGUUUUCUCUUAUAAUAUUUUUUUAAAUGAUGAUAUUAUCAAGGGCUCCUACAGGUGUCAGGGACCCUGGGCCCACUGUGCCUCCUGGAUAAGUUGGCUUUGGGAGCUUCCUGGUCCUGCAAUAGCAGCCUGUGAUGUUGACCUCGUGGUUCAGGGACAGGAGACAGAAACCACAAGUCCACAAAGAAUACAUUUGCAAAAAUUUCGUGUAAGAAAUCCUGAAGUCACUGCACACAGAGGUAUAAUAUAAUUCCUGCUUCUGAGAGGUGACCUGGAAUUUGAGGCCAGAUGUCUGGCAUUUAUCCAUAUAUACAGGUUUGGUUGAUUUGUUAGUAGGUUGGUGUUUAUUUCUAGGAACAGUGCUACAGUAAACAUCGUUUAUAUGUUUAUUGAUUUUAGAGAGGGAGAAAAAGAGAGAGAGACAUUGAUCAGUUGCUUCCCCCAGGCACCCCAACCUAGGAUGGGAGAAUGAAACCCACAGCUCCAUGCUCCAUGGCCCGGGGUUGAACCUGACCUUUUGCGUUCUGGACGAUGAUCCAAACAAUGGAGUCACAUGGCUCCAGGCUUUCUACAGUGUCUGAUCAUCAAGACUCAUAGUUACCCCAGAAGAUCUGGGGGAGACCCACAAGGUGGGGGCAAUGCUGCAGUGUCUUCUGGGUCCUGUGGCUAGCAGUCAAACCCAGGCCUGCCUGUGCCCCGGUCAUCAUGGGCACUGGAAGGAUGGCCACCCAGCAGGUGACUAAGAAGGCCUUGGGGUUGGUGGCGUUUAGGGAUGUGAUUGUGGACUUCACCCAGGAGGAGUGGCAACAGCUAAAGCCUGCACAGAAGGACCUGUACAGGGAUGUGAUGAUGGAGAACUACUGGAACCUGGUCUCACUGGACUUGGAGAAGAGACCUGUCAUGAAAGAUACCGACCCACAGGACAACAUCUCAGAAAACAGACCACCCAUUGCAGUGGUGGCGGAAGGACCCACAAAGAAUGGUUCCCAAAGUUGUGCCUGUGAAGGAGUAGAAGCACAGGGUGACCUAGUGGGGCAACGACAGGGGAGCCCUGGGUCCUGUCUGAAGCACUUGAACAUGUCCCAAGCAUUAGCCCCUGAAUGUCAUAAAUUUAAGUCAUUUGUCUACCAAAGCCCAAUUCCAGCCCCUCCAAGAUCAGAAGGACCAAGAGGAUCAGGGACUCGCCCAUUGCCAGUGUGUGGGAAAAACUCAGGUACUUCAAGCCUCUGUCCUCCCUCCAAACCCCAUGCCGGGAAGAAGCCCUAUGAGUGCAGGUUCUGUGGCAAGGCUUUCAGCUAUAACUCAUCCCUGAGGAAGCAUCAGCGAGUCCACACUGGGGAGAAGCCCUUUUCAUGCACCACGUGUGGGAAGCAGUUUACCCUCCGGUGGUGCCUCACCAUCCAUCAGCGUGUACACACUGGGGAGAAGCCAUACUCAUGCAGGGAAUGUGGCAAGGCCUUCAGCCAGAACAAGCACCUCAUCCUACACCACAACACACACACGGGGGAGAAGCCGUACAUGUGCUGGGAUUGCGGAAAGUCCUUCAGUGAGAACAGGGGCCUUAUCCUGCACCAGAGAACGCACACUGGGGAGAAGCCUUACACCUGUGGGGACUGUGGAAAGGCGUUCAGCCAGAAAUGGAACCUCAUCCUGCACCAGAGGACGCACACCGGAGAGAAGCCUUAUGUGUGUGGUGACUGUGGCAAGGCCUUCAGCCAGAACAGGAGCCUAUUAGUGCAUCAGAGGACACACACUGGGGAAAAGCCGCACCUAUGCAGGGACUGCGGCAAAGACUUUAGCCGGAAUGAGUACCUCAUCCUGCACCAGAGAACGCACACUGGGGAGAAGCCUUAUACUUGUGGAGAUUGUGGAAAAGCCUUCAGCCAGAACAGGCACCUCAUCCUACACCAGAGGACACACACUGGGGAGAAGCCUUAUACUUGUGGAGAUUGUGGCAAAGCCUUCAGCCAAAACAGGAGCCUCAUCGUGCAUCAAAGGACGCACACUGGGGAGAAGCCGUACAGGUGCGGGGACUGCGGUAAGGCCUUUAGCCGGAACGAGUACCUUAUUGCACACCAGAGGACACACACUGGGGAGAGGCCAUUCAUGUGCAGGGAUUGCGGAAAGGCCUUUGGACAGAAAUGGACCCUCAUCCUACACCAGAGGACACACACUGGGGAGAAGCCGUACACAUGUGAGGACUGUGGCAAGGCCUUCAGCCAGAAUAAGCACCUCCUCGUGCAUCAGAGGACUCAUACCAGGGAGAAGGCCUCCGAGGUCUCCAUCUGCCAGAUGCACUUGGCAAGGCACUCGCCCGUGGUGAUGGACCAUGUUAGCCACAACAGCAAGAAGCCCUACAGUGUGGCCAGUGCUGCAAGGCCUUCAGCUCAGGUGCCUACCUCAUCAAGCACCAGCACAUCCACACCGCCAAGAAACCCUACAGGUGCAACCAGUGGGAUGAGGUUUUUGUCAGGAACUUCUUGCUCACCCUCCACCAGACGACCCAGGCAUAAGAGAAGCCCUACAAGUGUGGCAAGUGUGGGAAAACCUUUUGCCAGAACAUCCACCUUAAACAACACUAAAGGAAGAUGCACACAUAGCAAGGGGCACAAUGAAUCUAAAUCCACGUCUGAUAAGCUGGUUCUGAGCUCAAGCACCAGUGCCAGAAAUGACAUUGGAGCCCAUGGAUAGGACACAAGACAAGUCUUGCCUGGAUGGGUUUUGGAAUAUGGGUGCUGGGGACAGGCCAUGCCAUGCACAUGAGUUGUGUCUCUGGGUCUUCAUCUCCUGGAUAGUAAAGAGGAGGACUCCAUGGGGACAUUUUCACUUUGUCACACACACCUGGAUCUAGUCCAGGGGUCAGGUUGUUGCCACCCUUGGUUUUCCUUGUUUUCUUUACACUUGGCUCCCAGUUUCCCUGUAACAGUAGAAGUUUCCAGGUGGUUUGUGAGUGGAAAAAAAUUUUUUUAUUCUUAUUGGGUUAAUCGUAAUAGCUUCAGGUGCCAAAGUUUCUCAGUUUAUUAAAUAUUUUUAAAAUAACAGUUUUAAUUAAAGGAGACCAAUGUCAUUUAAAUAGUUGUCAGGUGCAAAAGAUAGUUACCCGCUUUCCCAUACAUUUGUGUGUCAAAGCUUCGGUGGAGGAGGCAGAAAUACCCUAUAGGAACCCCAGGAACUCAGCAAUCCCUUUCCAAGUAUGAGGCUACCUGCCCCUACCAGCCCUGGAUUCCUCGCUUGGGAAUGGUCAGACCAGGUGGCAAGGCCCAGACCCUCAGCAAGGAGAUGCAGGGAGGGGCUCCAACCCCCUGAGCUGGCUGGAAUUCUGAAAAGUGCCUUCAGUCAGGCAGGGGCAUUAUCCAAUCUAUGGGUCAUCCACAGCCUUAGUCAUGGUGUACUUACAAUUUCAUUAUUGAUAAUAGAGAUCUAUUAUAAAUAAUAAAUAGCAAAUGAUAUUUUUUAUCACCAAGAGUGGUGCUCUAUUUUUUUUUAG